GUUUCACUGUCUCAAGUUUGGGCGCCCCAACCGACAAUAUCUCAAAUACCGUUGGCAACCUUAUAAUUGUGAUUUGCCCAGAUGGGAUUACAUUGAAAAACUCGACGGUCAGAUAGUGAAAGAUAUGAAUCGGCUUGGGGCAUUUGAAAUGGUUCUUCAAUCAUGGGCGCGGUGGGUCGAUCGAGAGACAGAUCCAAACAAAACCAAAGUCUUCUACCAAGGAGAAUCUUCCUCCCCCUAUCACUAUCGCGGCAAUUACUGGGGAAAGUCAGCAGACAUAAAUUGUCAAAGUGAGUUUACACCUUUAAAUGAAACGACAAUUUUCACAACGCCUUCGGAGUGCACCAACAUUACAAAGAGGAUUAUGGGCGAAAUGUCAAAGCCCGCUUAUUUGCUUGACAUAGAGACGCUAUCGAGGUUCAGGGUGGAUGGACACGUAUCGGGUUAUAACGGAUACAACGGCACGGAUUGCGCGCAUUGGUGCCUUGCGGGUGUCCCGGACGCUUGGAACACCAUUCUCUCUGCAGCUCUUCUUCAAAAAAACAUAGGUUUUGGCACUCAAAAAUAGUAAUGGUUCUUGUUCUGGUCUCAUUAUUUUCAUUUCUUUUCCCACUAUCAUUAAUACUUCAUUUACACUGUAUUUACUAAGUUCUACCUUUGUUUCAAAAUGAAUGUCAUUGUACAUC